CACAGGGGUUGGAGCGGAGCCAGUAACGCGCAGUGUUGGGAACAGCAGAAGCUCGUGGCCGCCGGUGAAGGCUCCGAUCCCCGUGAUACGAGUCCGCGGGACGCUCGGCUUCCACAUUGGCUGGAGAGUCCAGAGCAGGAGCCAGGGUCAGGAUCCCUGCCCCAGCUCAGCUUCACUGCUGCCACUGAAUUGGACCCAGUCAGACAGAGGAGCUGAUUCCAGUCCAGCGCCUGCAGCAGCAUCUGUAGCCUGAGUGUCGCUGAGAGACAAUGGGGCCAGCACCUGGGGCUGCUGAGAGCAAAGAGCUGCUGCAGGAGAGUGAUAAUAGUGAUGGACACCAGGAGACUGUCGGGGAGCCAGAACCUCGUUGUAACUGCAGGACACACAAAGCACGUACCAUCAUCGUAGCUGUCGUCCUCACAUCCGUGUUCUUGGUUCUGAUCGCUGUCAUCGCUCAUCUGGCAGUGCUGAGACCUAAGCUUCAGUCAACUGAUCUGGGGCCCCCUGCUGUGCCCUGCUGCCCGGACGGCUGGGUCGGGUACCGAGGGAAAUGCUACUAUUUCUCCGAGACUGAAGGGAACUGGACCUACAGCCGGAGCAACUGCUCCUCCCUCGGUGCCUCCCUGGCUGGGAUCGACAGUGAGCAGGACCUGGAUUUCAUGCUGCGCUAUAAAGGCAAACCUGACCACUGGGUCGGCCUCCGGAGGGAGCAGGAGCUGGGCCAGCCCUGGAAAUGGGUCAACGGCACCGAAUUCAACAACCUGUUUAUGAUAACAGCAGGUGGUGACUGCGCGUAUCUGAAUGAUGAGAAUUGGGUCAGCAGCUCACAGUGCACCAGCGAGAGACACUGGAUCUGCAGCAAACGUGAUGCGUUUACAAAGGCGAAGGAGGCGGCAGUGGAAGGGGGCUCAUAA